CGUGGCCGCAUUCCAUCUCUCACAGCCAUUGUUUCAGUCUUUAUUUAAUUCAUCGCUAUUUCUCAGGGAUAAAAAAACACAAGCAUUCGUUGCUACCAAUAAAAAAUGGAAAAUCUGACGCUUAGUAGCUUGUUGGAAAGAGCUGCGUCCGAAUUCCCAACCCGGCGAGCUCUUUCCGUAUCCGGAAAAUUCGAUUUCACGCACGACCGAUUACAACAGCUAGUUGAUCACGCCGCCUCUCUUCUACUUGCCUCCGGGGUCAAUCCAGGCGACGUCGUAGCCCUCACCUUCCCCAACACCGUAGAGUUUGUGGUUCUGUUCUUGGCUGUAAUCCGAUGCCGAGCCACGGCUGCACCAUUGAACACGGCUUACACCGCAGAAGAGUUCGAGUUCUACCUCUCUGACUCGGAAUCAAAGCUUCUCAUUACACCGAAAGAAGGAAUUCAAUCAGCUCAAGCCGCAGCUUCCAAGCUCAAAAUCCCUCACGUGACCGCCACGCUGCACGAUGCCGAAUCGAAACUCUCUAUCUCCACAUCGGAAUCGGAGUCCAUCUCCGACUGCUCGGUCGUGGAAGUCGUCAAUGAUCCGUCCGACGUGGUGCUCUUCCUUCACACGUCCGGCACCACGAGCCGACCCAAAGGAGUGCCUCUGACUCAGCUCAACCUAGCAUCCUCCGUUCGCAAUAUCAAAUCGGUGUACAAACUCCGUGAGUCCGACUCUACCGUGCUCGUUCUCCCGUUAUUCCACGUCCACGGGUUGAUUGCCGGGUUAUUGAGUUCGCUCGCUGCAGGAGCCGCGGUGACACUCCCAUCCGCCGGCAGAUUCUCGGCCUCGACGUUCUGGUCCGACAUGCUCUCGUACGGGGCGACGUGGUACACCGCCGUCCCGACCAUCCACCAGAUCAUUAUAGACCGCCACUUCAGCAAACCCGAACCUGCUUACUUGAAGCUCCGCUUCAUCCGUAGCUGCAGCGCGUCGCUUGCUCCGUCAGUACUGUCUCGGCUUGAGGAGGCAUUCGGCACGCCUGUGCUGGAAGCCUACGCAAUGACGGAGGCGGCUCAUCUCAUGGCAACCAACCCGUUACCGGAGGACGGCGGGCACAAGCCCGGGUCUGUGGGCAAGCCAGUGGGUCAGGAAAUGGCGGUCUUGAACGAGAACGGACUCCGGCAACCGGAGGGUGUACACGGCGAGGUGUGUAUUAGGGGACCAAACGUGACCAAAGGUUACAAGAACAAUCCCGAAGCCAAUAAAACCGCGUUUUCAUUCGGGUGGUUCCAUACGGGAGAUAUCGGGUUUUUCGACUCGGACGGGUAUUUACAUCUUGUGGGUCGGAUCAAGGAGCUCAUUAACCGUGGAGGAGAAAAGAUAUCUCCAAUCGAAAUUGAUUCAGUGCUUUUGUCCCAUUCUGAGAUUGCUCAGGCUGUUGCCUUUGGAGUUCCUGACGAUAAAUAUGGUGAAGAGAUAAAUUGUGCCGUAAUUCCUAGGGAAGGGUCAAACAUAGAGGAAGCGGAGGUGCUGGAAUUUUGCAAGAAGAACGUGGCAGCUUUCAAGGCCCCCAAGAAGGUUUUCAUCACCGAUUCCCUUCCAAAAACUGCAACCGGAAAGAUUCAACGCCGGCUUGUGGCCCAGCAUUUCCUUGCUCAAAUCUCCACCGCCAAAGUUCCCAAGUUUGGGGCUUGAGCCGGCCUAUUUGUCAAUAGCAUGCACGUACGUACGUCGUUUGUGGUACCCAUUUGGGACACAAUAUUAUAUAUCUAUAUGUGCAAUUAAAUGCUAGCGGGAUAGUGAAUUUGGGUCCAUUUGGUUUAAUUGAGCUCCUCUCUCAAGUGGUUGGUGCAGUGGAGGAGGAGCUAUAUAUACCAAGUUCGGUAUUACUUUUGUGCAAAUUUCAACGCAUGUAUUGUAAAAUUUUCAUAAAUUUGAGAUCAAGAUUUUCUAAA